AUGGCAAGCGCCGACGAUACCCGGCCCUCGGCCUCGAAUGAUACCUCAGUUACUCAUGAACAGAAAGUAGAGCCUCCAGCUACCGCUUCAAACUCGGCUACGAGCUCGCAAGGGCGCAUAGUUGGGAAGCUAAAUGCGUUCCUUGCUGAAUGGGGGGUUGAAACCAACGGGAUCGAGCCCGUCCCCAUGGAGGAGAGGAAGGACUCACGGUGGUACCAGAUGUUCUUCAUCUGGUUUGGGGUGAACAUGAACAUUCUAACGUUCAGCACUGGCACCGCUGGUCCAGCGUUCUUCGGACUGGGAAUCAAACCCUCUCUCGUUAUCAUCGCCAUAGUCGACGCCAUCUUCUCAGUCAUCCCCGCCAUCUCCGCAGUAUUCGGACCCAAAAUCGGCACCCGCGCAAUGGUACAGGCCCGCUUCUCGUGGGGCUACUGGGGCGGCAUCGUGCCCAGCGUGUUGAACGUGGUCAGCAUGGAAGGCUUCCUUGUCAUCGACUGCAUCAUCGGGGGGCAGAUUCUCGCGAGCGUGUCCGACGGUCGACUGGACGACACGCUCGGAAUCGUUAUUAUUAGCCUUAUCUCGCUGUUUGUGACGUUCUGCGGGUAUCGUGUGAUUCACGUAUACGAGACGUAUGCGUGGAUUCCACCGGUCAUCACGCUCAUUACGAUGCUCGCUGUUGGAUAUCCGGAUUUGCAGGCGAACUUGCGCGCGCCGAGUCCGCCACUGACCGCCGCGGGUGUACUUUCGUUUAGCACCACGCUUGCAUCGAGUGUGCUCAGUUGGUGCACUAUGUCGCCCGACUAUGGGGUGUACCAUAGCCCAAAGGCAUCUAGCUGGCGCAUCUUCUUCUACGUCUACCUCGGCUUCUUCCUCCCCAGUCUCACCUGCCACAUGAUCGGCGCCGCAUUCGCCGCAGCCGCGCCCUCCGUGCCGUCGUGGAACACAGGGUUCGACGACGCGUCGGACCUCGGUGGCCUUAUCUACGCCGUGCUCCUCCGCGCGGGCGGCUGGGGCAAGUUCCUGACGGUCGUGAACGCGCUCAGCGUGCCCGCACUGACUGCGCCGACCAUGUACACGUUCGGAACGAGCUUCAUGGCGAUCCCCACGCCCGGGCGGGGCAACUGGUUCGCGCGCGUGCCGCGCUGGGUGUACGUGCUCAUUUCGGAGGCCAUACUGAUCCCGGUUGCGAUCGUCGGCGCUAAAACAUUCUACAACACGCUCGUAGACGUACUCGACAUCAUCGGCUACUGGUCCGCCGCGUUCGCAGCCAUCGUCCUCGUCGAGCACUUCCUCUACCGCCGCGCGUUCACCGAGGCCGCGUACAGCACGCCCACGCGCGCGUGGGCCUCCUCGUCGUUGCUCCCCUCGUCCAUUCCAGCGCUGGUGGCGUUCGCAUGCGCGGUGGGCGUGCUCGUCCUGUUCAUGAGCCAGGUGUGGUGGGAGGGCCCGGUUGCGCAGAGGGGGACGGGUGAUUUGGGUAUAUAUGCGAUGGGCGUGGUUGCCGGUGGGGUGUAUGCGGUGCUCAGAGGCGUGGAACGGAGGCUGAGGCGGCGGACCAUGGAUGGGAAAGGCGGAGCAGAGAUCGAUGUGGAUGCGCAGGGUGCUGAGGAAAGUGUCGAAACCGAGGAGAAGGCAUGAUGCGGGAGGG